AUGGAGAGGCAGGGUGUUCUGGUAACGCCAAGAGCAGAGCACAACGAGGUGGACCUCUACUGUACAGCACAAGAUCCUUCCUCGGCGCAGAAUAGUGUAGCUGAGGUCCUGGGUAUUCCUCUCAACCGCGUGGUGUGUCAUGUCAAGAGAUUGGGUGGUGCUUUCGGUGGAAGGGAGACAAGAAUCAACCUCCUUUGUCAACCUGUGGCCGUAGCUGCCUACAAGUACCGGCGGCCGGUGAGAUGUGUGCUGGACCGGAGAACGGACAUGACCAUCUCGGGGAAGGGGCCCAGGUUUCACGCCAAGUACAAAGUCGGCUACACCAAAGACGGCCGGAUCCAGAGCGUUGCCAUGGACGUGUACGUCGACGCUGGCCAUUCUGCUGACAUAGCCUUUGGCGUUCUGCAGUUGAGUGUGUUGAACUUCGAGUCAGCGUACCGUUACCCCAACUGCCGCAUAACGGGGUACCUGUGUAAGACGAACACUCCACCUAAUACAGCCCUCAGAGGGUUCGGUCUGCCUGACAGUUUCUUGGUGUCGGAGGUCGGCUACACCAAAGACGGCCGGAUCCAGAGCGUUGCCAUGGACAUGUACGUCGACGCUGGCCAUUCUGCUGACAUAGCCUUUGGCGUUCUGCAGUUGAGUGUGUUGAACUUCGAGUCAGCGUACCGUUACCCCAACUGCCGUAUAACGGGGCUACCUGUGUAA